AUGGAAGUAGAGUUGUUAGACGUCUGGGACAUUGACUUCAUGGGGACCUUUGUGAGAUCUUAUGGGUUGAAAUACAUCUUAGUUGCCAUCGAUUAUGUGUCUAAAUGGGUUAAGGCUGUUAUCUUGGCCGAUAAUGAAGGAAAGAGAGUGGUUGCAUUCCUUAAAAAGAUCAUCUUCUCUCGCUUUGGGGUACUAUGUACCAUCAUAAAUGAUGGUGGAUCACAUUUUUUAAAUCGAGUGUUCCGGGCUGCCUUGGUGAAAUACGGUGUUAAGCAACACAAGGUGGCAACUCUAUAUCACCCGCAGAAUAGUAGUCAAGUGGAGAUUUCAAAUUUGGAGAUAAAAUUUAAACUUCCCAAAAUGGAAGAGAGAUAUAGGAAAACAAAAGCUGAACAAGUUGGGGGAUGUCCGACGGAAGGCUUGAUAGGCUGUCGAAAGGUUAACAGACCAUUGCUGGAGUUAUUAAAAGGAAACCAGAAACCUGAGCUACAUGAAUGA